ACAAGCAGCGCAAUGCUUGUUUUGGCAGCAAUAGUGUGAGAGAGAGAGAUGUGGCGUUGCUGCAGCAGCAACAGAGCCUCUGGGCUUCUCGUGUGGCUGGUGCUUGUGUGCUCAUGGCAGAUUGCAGCUGCUCAGCCUCAACAAGCAGCAAAAACUGAUCCAACCGAAGUGGCAGCCCUGAACACGAUUUUGGGAAGAUGGAGCAAGAAGGCAUCGUCGGAGUGGAACAUCAGUGGCGAGCCCUGCAGCGGUGUGGCCUCGGAUCCGAGCAACUGGGAUAACUUCCCCAACAUCAACCCCCUCAUCAAGUGCGCUUGCACUUACUACAACAACACCGUUUGCCACAUUACCAAACUGAAGGUAUAUAAGUUGGACGUGGUUGGUCAAAUACCAGCGGAGCUGCAGAAUCUCACCUACCUAGAGGACCUGAACCUAAAUUUUAAUUACUUGACUGGCGCCAUUCCGUCAUUCAUUGGAAAAUUUCCUUCCAUGAAAUAUUUGGGUUUGGCUUUGAAUCCACUAUCUGGACUACUUCCAAAGGAGCUUGGGAACCUCACCAAUCUUCUUUCAUUGGGCAUCAGCUUGGACAAUUUUACUGGUGAACUUCCUGAAGAGUUGGGCAACCUGACCAAACUUCAGCAGUUGUACAUUGAUAGUUCUGGAUUCAGCGGUCCAUUCCCGCCAACAUUCUCAAAGCUUAAGAAUCUAAAUACCUUGAGGGCAUCAGAUAAUGAAUUCACAGGGAAAAUACCUGAUUAUUUGGGGAGUUUGACUAAUUUGAUAGAUCUGGCUUUCCAAGGAAAUUCUUUUGAAGGACCAAUCCCAGCAAGUUUGUCGAAUCUAACAAAAUUGACAACCUUAAGGAUUGGUGAUAUCGUAGAUGGGACCUCUUCUUUGGUCUUUAUCAGUAAUCUGACAUCUUUGAGCACCCUGUAUGUGAUGCUUUUACCUGUAGAUAUUAUAAUAAUGACAAAAUUGCGAGUUCCCGUGAUUAAAUCCUGUUAUUACAGAAUACUAAGGAACUGCAAGGUAUCAGGUAAUCUUGGACCAGUAGAUUUUUCCAUGUUCACAGCAUUAAUCUUGUUGGACUUGAGUUUUAACAAUAUUACAGGCGAAGUUCCUCAAUCCAUCCUCAAUAUGGGAAAGCUUGAAUUCCUAGAUUUCUCCUACAAUCAGCUCACUGGAAACUUUCCUUCCUGGGCUACCCAGAACAAUUUGCAAUUGAAUUUGGUAGCAAACAAAUUUGAUGCUGGUAGCAAUAACCGCAGAACUCUUCCUUCUGGAUUAAACUGCCUUCAGCAAGACACUCCUUGUUUUCGUGGAUCUCCAGAAUAUUAUUCCUUUGCGGUUGACUGCGGAAGUAAUAGUUCUACACGAGGAUCAGAUAAUACUAUUUAUGAAGCAGAGCCUACAAACCUUGGGGAUGCAUCAUAUUAUGUUACUAGUCAAACAAGAUGGGGUGUCAGCAAUGUAGGAAAAUUUUCCCUGGCCUCAAAUGGAAUGAAUAUAAUAUCUAGCUCCGAGCAUUUUCAGAAUGCAGUUAAUUCAAGAUUGUUCGAAACUGCAAGGAUGUCACCAUCAUCGCUGAGAUACUAUGGCCUUGGACUUGAGAAUGGAAAUUACACCAUUCUUCUUCAAUUUGCAGAGGUUGCUUAUCCGGACUCACAGACUUGGCAAAGCUUAGGAAGGAGAGUUUUCGACAUAUAUAUCCAGGGCUCUUUAAGAGAAAAGGAUUUUGACAUAAGGAAGAUGGCUGGUGGAAAAUCUUUUAUAGUGGUUCACAGGAGUUACACAGCUACCGUGUCAAACAACUUCCUUGAAAUUCAUCUCUUCUGGGCUGGCAAGGGCACUUGUUGCAUACCUACUAAUGGUUACUACGGGCCUAUGAUCUCAGCAUUGAGCGUCUCUCCAAAUUUUACUCCUACUGUGCGAAAUGGAGUACCAAAAAGAAGAAGUAAAGUACACACAAUUGCAGGAAUAUUGAUUGGUGCAUCAAUUUUAGGAUUGGCAGCCUUAUUUGGAAUUUUUAUGAUGGUUAAGAAGAGAAGAACAAUGGCACAACAGAAAGAAGAACUGUACAACCUAAUUGGACGGCCUGAUGUCUUCAGUAACACUGAACUAAGGCUAGCUACAGACAAUUUCAGUUCUCAAAAUAUUCUUGGGGAAGGCGGAUAUGGGAUGCUGUAUAAGGGUAAGCUAUCUGAUGGAAGAGUUAUAGCUGUUAAACAACUUUCUCAAUCAUCUCAUCAAGGGAAAAGCCAGUUUGUGGCUGAGGUUACGACAAUAUCUGCUAUGCAGCAUAGGAAUCUUGUGAAAUUGCAUGGCUUCUGCAUCGACAGUAAUACACCCUUGUUGGUUUAUGAGUACCUUCAAAAUGGAAGCUUAGACACAGCACUCUUUGGACAUAGUAGAUUAAACCUAGACUGGGGAACACGUUUUAAUAUCAUUUUAGGCAUUGCAAGUGGCCUAACUUACCUUCAUGAGGAGUCCAGUGUACGCAUCGUGCAUAGAGAUAUCAAAGCCAGCAAUAUCCUACUUGAAACCGAUCUCACUCCAAAGAUAUCUGACUUUGGACUCGCCAAGCUCUAUGAUGAGAAGCAGACUCAUGUAAGCACAAGAAUUGCGGGCACACUUGGAUAUCUUGCUCCUGAAUAUGCAAUGAGAGGCCGAUUGACGGAAAAAGUUGAUGUUUUUGCAUUUGGGGUGGUUGUGCUGGAAAUUGUCGCCGGUCGAUCCAACACCAAUAAUUCCUUGGAGGAAAGCAAGAUCUAUCUCUUCGAAUGGCUCUGGGACCUGUAUGAAAAGGAGCAAGUUCUUGGAAUCGUUGACCCUUCUCUCAAGGAUUUCAACAACAAUGAAGCUUUUAGGGUCAUCCGUGUUGCGCUCCUCUGCACACAGGGCUCACCGCACCAACGACCACCAAUGUCGAAGGCCUUGGCAAUGUUGACCGGAGAAGUUGAGCUGUCUGAGGUGGUCGUGAAGCCAAGUUACAUCACCGAGUGGCAGCUUAGGGAUGUAAAUAGAAGCUAUGCCACUAGCAGCUACUCAGGCUCUACCAACCCUGAGUUUAGCACACAGAAAGAGAUAGAGCCUCUUACCCAAUCAUGAUCUCUAGAGCUAGUCAAGUCGGAAUGCGAAUGAAGAAUUGAACUACUGCAGAUGAUCUUGCAAUGCGUAUUGAACCAAGAUAUAUACAAACUAAUGCACAAAUUUUAAGUUUUUCUUGGAGCCAGUGAUUUCAGUUUUCAUGGGAUACCUAUAUCUAAACAAUAAACAUAUAACUGAACGAAGUUGGCAAGUGGCUCAUUUUCACUA